AUGUCCGUCCUCCGCCAGUCCGACUACGUGAAAAAUGCUACGUCUACCAGAAAAACUGGGAAACUGCUUUUUGAUUCGAAGAAUCCGCUUUCCAUCCUUCGUGAACUCUUGUGCAACCGAGCUUACUAUUGGUAUACUGCGGCCCUCGUCCUUAUUGGGGAUGCAUGUCUUACGCAGCUCGUAAUCAGAUACGUCCCCUAUACUGAGAUUGAUUUCGCCACAUACAUGUCUCAAAUCGAAGUGUACAAUUCCGGCGAACGAAGGUACUCUCUCAUUCAUGGCCCGAGUGGUCCACUGGUAUAUCCCGCGGGCCACGUUCUAAUACAUCGGCUGCUGCAUUACCUGACGGAUGGCGGGAAGAACCAGAGACUCUCUCAGCAGAUAUACGCGGGUAUCUAUACCGCAAACCAGUUUCUUUACAUGGCACUGUUCGAUCUGGCUGGUGGUGUACCGAACUGGGUCUUGCCAGUCGUCGCACUAAGCAAACGGCUUCACUCGAUAUACGUACUUCGCCUGUUCAACGACUGUUGGGCUGUUUUCUUCGUUCUCCUGUCCUUCAUCUGUCAUUGCAAGCGGUCAUACUUCGCAGCGGCAGUGCUAUACAGCGUCUCUCUCUCCGUCAAAAUGAAUAUAUUGCUUUAUCUUCCCGGGAUAUUUCUUAUUCUGGUAAAGGAUGCUGGGAUUCUCUGCACCUUUAAGUACAUCGCGACUGCCCUUGCUGUCCAAAUAGUUGUGGCCAAACCCUUCCUAGAACGGUAUCCCAGAGAAUAUGUAUCACAUGCCUUCGACCUCUCUCGCGUGUUCCUCUUUAAAUGGACGGUCAACUGGAGGUUUUUUCCCGAAGAAACAUUCUUAUCCAAAUCGUUCGCGAACGUCCUCCUCAUUAGCCACUUGGUCACUCUAGUCCUUUUUGCGUCGUAUAAAUGGUGUGCAGACGAUGGAGGCGCCAUAUCGAUCCUUAAGCGGGCUCUAAGAGGACCCAGUAGGGGCGGGGCUUCCGCAGAAUCUUCACGGAACGAAAUCGUCAUAAUUCUUUUCACCACGAAUCUAAUCGGCUUAAUAUUUGCUCGGUCCCUGCACUACCAGUUUUACGCCUGGUACGCGCAACAAAUUCCCUUCCUAUUGUGGCGAUCGAAGUUGCCCUCUGUUGUGAGAUUCAUGCUUUUAGGAACUAUCGAAUAUGCUUGGAAUGUAUUUCCUUCCACGAACACCUCUUCCGCCGUCCUCCUGACAUCGCACCUGCUGUUGUUGAUUGGAGUCUGGUUAGGAUAUCCCUCGCGGAAGGAUGGUCAACGCCGCAGAGUAAGGCAGACGUUUGUCUUACCCAAGAAAUUUUCGCUUCGUAGCUAA